AUAGCAGGCACAGAAGUUAUCCACUUAAGCUUCCUAAUCGUGUUCCCGACAGACGAAUUUCUUUUAACACCACUCGCCAAAGCCAAGUCUCACCAUCAUCGCCAACAAUGGAUCGUCAUCAUCAGCUCAAAAACGAAGCUGCCUUUAUUCAAUCAAUGGCAGCGCCAAAUCCCGCCUUCAUAGAGUUUCAUCAACCUCAGCCUCCUGAACCGCGCGUACCUGCCAGUCGCCCCCAACCUAAAUCCAGUCAAAGGCCUGAAGGUGAAAUCAAGGAUUGUGUUGCCGCGAGAAAAAUUCAGAAGGCUGAUCGUGAGAAGUUAAGGAGGGAUCGGCUUAAUGAAAUUUUUACAGAAUUGGGAAACACUUUAGAUCCUGAUAGGCCUAAAAAUGAAAAAGCAACCAUUCUAGCUGACACAGUUCAGUUAUUGAAGGAUCUAACAUCUCAAGUUGAUAAACUCAAAGCUGAGUAUGCUACACUGACAGAAGAAUCCUGUGAGUUAACACAAGAGAAGAAUGAUCUUAGAGAAGAGAAGGCAUCUCUUAGAUCUGAUAUUGAGAAUCUUACCACUCAAUAUCAGCAGAGACUCAGGGCAAUGGUCCCAUGGGCUGCCAUGGAUCAUUCAGUUGUCAUGACCCCACCUUCAUAUCCAUUCCCAAUGCCAAUGCCAAUGCCUCCAGGGCCAAUUCCCAUGCAUCCAUCAAUGCAGCCAUAUCCCAUCUUCGGAAAUCAGAAUCCUGGGGUCAUUCCUAACCCAUUUGCAACGUUUGUACCAUAUGUAACUCGUAAUACCAUGGUUGAAGCGCAGGCAACAGAAUAUGUCUCUCCAGUUGUGCAGCCAGGUAGUAGGUCUCAUGUGUCAAGUAAACAAGAUUCUAAAAAACAAUCGUCAGGGGAGACCAUGAUUGAGAAAAAUGAGGAUUCUAAUGACGUCAUGACUGACCUCGAGCUGAAAACCCCUGGAUUGACUACAGAUCAGGCUUUGUCGUCUGGACAAAGAACCAAGAAGUCUCUAAGGAAGGAAAGCAAUGCUACAGAUGGUAGUUCUUCAAGUAGGUGUUCUUCAUCUCGUAGUUUACAAGAUAGCUCAUCCAGUAGCAUAGUUGGUGGCAGAAAGCCUGAUGACUCAGAAGGGGCAAAAAGUUAGGUACAAGAACCAGAACACUUCUGCUAUAUCAAGCAAUUCUGAGAUUGGGUUCUGGUGGGCAUCUCCAAUUCUUUUUGGAGGCUGUGGGGAUCAUAUAUGAGGUUUAUUGUCUUCUCUCUUUCGGUGAGAAACAUGCUAUCAAUGGACUUGAACCUAAUGUAAGUGAGAGCUUGUUGUAAGGAAGAAUUUGUUGGCAUCUUUAGUUUGUUCUUGUACAAAAUUUUGAUAUUAGAGUCGGAAAAUAUCUAAUGUUUGACUGGGCAAACAGUAAGACUCAGGUAAUAUGUUCAAAAUUUUUUAUUAUGUUAACAAAUUAGGCUUGUAGUUCUAGUUGUAAAUUGUGCAAUAAUAUUUAAGGAACUUUAGCUUUUAUCAGUGA